CUCCGCCCUCAACUUCGGCUUCUCACGCCUCGGUCUCCGAACAGACUCACGGGGCUGGCCGUUCUGCGCCUCCGCCGCCGCAUCUCACGCUUCCCCCUCCGGUUCUGCCACCCUCGUCUCCUUUCGGGCUUGGCCGUUCUCCCGCGCGUCUUAUAACCGUUUCGACACGCUACCUCUGGUUCCGUCCAUCCACCAGAUCGGGAUCACAUUCCGCCCUUAUUUUCCCGCCUUUCUCGCUCCGCCCUUCUCUUUCCGCCAUGGCGCGUUGGGCUCACAUCCUCGCGCCCGCGUCCCGCCGCCGCGCGUCGCAUCUCUUCGAUCUUGCCGCGUCGCGCAGCCCCGCGCUGGCCAGCCUCGUCGACGCGUCCUGCUCCUCCUCAAUCUCCCCUUUCCGCGUCGCCUCACAACGCCACGUCAGCGUUUCAUCCAUCAUCGCCAAGCCCGCUGCCACGUCAGCACAAUCCAACCUCGCAGCUGGUGAAUCCAGCCAAGCUGCUCCUGCUGCGGCUGCUACGGCCUCCGCACCGAGCGGUAACUACCUGUACCGCGAGAUCUACAACCGGCAGCGGCAGCUGGUGCCGAUCAACCACAUGGUGCCUGACGUGGCAGUCGACGCGUGGGUCGCGCCGAACGCGAUUCUCGCGGGCGGCGUGACGAUCGACGACCGCGCGUCCGUCUGGUACGGCAGCGUGCUGCGCGCCGAUCUCAACUACAUCCGCAUCGGCGCGUACAGCAGCAUCCAGGACCGGGUCAUCGUGCACGCCGCGUCCGCGUCGCCCACGGGCCUCUCGGCCGAAACCACCGUCGGGAGGUAUGUGACCGUUGGCCAGAACAGCGUGCUGCGAUCGUGCGAGAUCGAGGACGAGGUGGUGAUCGGUCAACGGUGCCUCGUUCUGGAAGGCGCGAUUGUGGAGAAGAACGCUGUUCUCGCGGAUUGCACGGUGGUGGGGCCCGGGCAGCUGAUUCCCGGCGGGCAGCUGUGGGCGGGCAGCCCGGCGAAAUUCGUGCGCGAUCUGACGGCGGACGAGGUGGCGGAGAUCCCGAAGUUGGCGGAGGCGGCGCACUGGCGGGCGGAGGAGGAGAAGGGGGAGUUUCUGCCGUAUUCCACGGCGUAUAUCCAGGCGGAGAAGCUCAAGGCCGCGCUUAAAGCCACUCCGCCUGCUGCUGCUGCUGGCAAGCCCAAGGCUGCUGCCACUUCGGCUUGAGCUGCUGCUGCUGCUGCUGCUUCGCCCGCAUCUGCCGCUGAGUCUUGAGAAAUGGGGGGGGUAGGAUCAGGGAGGGGCAGUGGAGAAGGGAGAGCGGUGGAGGGGUAGUCGUGGAGGGGGUGGGGGGGCGGCGGAGAGCGGACAGUUGGCGCAGGAGGGAUUGUCUGUUUGCAGGAGCCCUCGAGUCGGCUGAAAGGACGAGAAGACGCGGGGUUUAGGUUGGGAACGUAAGGUAGGAGGUCGGGAGGAGGGAGGAGAGGAGAGGAUGAGGGGUGAGGAGGAAGCAGCAAGUAGGAGGGGCAGGCUGAUUCGCACCCAUGGCAUCAUUUCUGCAACGACUGUGGUUGUUCCUGCAGCAGAGUGGGCUUUCAGGUGCAGGGGCUUGGAAAGGGUGCAAGGGGAAUCCGGAGGAAGCUGAGAUGCGGGGCGUAUGGCAGGCAGGGAUCAGGACUGUCGAGUGAAGGUGAUGAGGCGCUAGGAGGCUGCCGGGACUCCAGACGCUAGGGGGUAUGCGGGUGUCAGCUACUCAGAGAUACUACUCAGAGGUACUCAGAGGUACUCCGAGGUACUCCGAGGUACUCCGAGGUACUCCGAGGUACUCCGAGGUACUCCGAGGUACUCUGAGGUACUGAGACUUGUCAGGGUCAGAAGAAUGUGGUAUUGAAGUGGGAACAUGGUUCGGCUGUUUCAUUGUUCAAGGGGAUUCAAGUUUAGAGACACGCGUCCUUUUCUUCUCUUCCAUUGCAGUGCAGGUGCAGGGUUGUUUCUUGUUCCGUCUACCUAUGAACCCACUGGCACCGUAUUGAAUCUCUCAAUUAAU